AUGGGCCUCCUCCUACUGCUCCUCCUUUCUUCCCACCUUCUCUCCAUCGCCGGGGCGGCGGAACCCCAUUGGCGGCCCGGCCACCACCUGAGGAAGGUGCUAUACUCUGAGGAAGACGGAGAGCAAGCCCACGCGGCGGCGGCGCCGCCGCCGCCGCCGAAGAAGACGACGACGGCCAAUCUCACCGUUGUCGCCUCUGCUGCCGCGGGCAAGAACCAGACGAAGCUCCUCCUCAAGGCCAACUCCACCGCCGCCGCCGUGAAGGUCCCCAAGCCCUCCAAUUCCUCUCUCCUUCUGAAGCCCUCCAACGCCACCAAGCUCGCGACCCCCAUCAAGCCGAUCAACUCCACCACCGCCGCCAGGAAGACGACCACCGCCACCACCAAGGCCGUGAACUCCACCACCACAGCCGGCGGAAAGACAACCACCACCACCACCACCAAGGCGCUGAACUCCACCACCAGCACCGUCACAGGGAAGAAGACCACUACCAGCACGGCCACCAAGGCGGUGAACUCCACCACCAGUGCCGGCGGCGGCAAGCUCUCGAAGACACCGCCGGCGCAGAAGAGCUCGGAGAGCAAUCCCGGCGGCGGCGGCGGCGGCUGGUUCCUCUCCGGCUACGACCCGUCGGAGGAGGACACGGACCUGAUCGCGGAGUUCCGAGACCUUCCUUCCAGGUUCCAGGAGACACUCCUCCCGGACCUGGCCAAGAUCUCCUCCACCUCCAAGGUCUACCUCUCCAAGGCCAGCAAGGAGAUCACCCGCGGCGUGAAGCCCAUCGUAGGUCACCGCUACGCCGCCACGGUCGCCUCCGCCACCUCUGCCGCGUUCAUCCUCCUGCCGCUGCUACUUGUGGCGGCGCUCCUCCGUCAUGUUCGCUCCUUCCUCUCGCUGCCGAGGAUCCUCCUCUUCGCCCACGCCUACCUCGCCAUCUACUUCUCCGUCCUCUUCCUCGCCGCCGUGCUCACCGGCGUCGAGCCGCUCCGCCUGUUCUACGUCGCCUCCCCCGCCGCCUACCUCUCCACGCAGGUCCUGCAGACGCUGGGCUACGCCGUCUUCCUCCUGCUGCACCUGCUGCACCUGCUGGUGGCGCCGGCGAGGGCGGUGGCGCUGCUGCAGGCGGGGGUGGCGCUGGCCGUGGGGCUGCACUACUACACCGCGGUUUUCCACCGCGCCGUCGCCGGCGAGGCGCCGAGGACCAACUGGCGGGCCCACGCCCUCUACGCCGCAUGCUUCCUCAUCCUCUUCGCCUUCUCCCGCGCCGCCGACCGCCGGAAGAAGGCCUACCUCCUCGCCGGCCCCGGCGGCGACGACAGCAAGAACAGCUGA